AUGGAACCAAUUGAUGAUAGAAUUAUGGUAACAGGCGGAGCUGGAUAUAUUGGUAGUCAUACAGUGAUAGAAUUAAUUGAAGCAGGAUAUACACCAGUUAUUGUUGACAAUUUAAGUAAUUCAUCAUUGGAAGCAAUUAAACGUGUUGAAAGUAUCACUGGUAAAGAAAUAGAAUUCCAUCAUGUUGACAUUAUGAAUGAAAAGGCAUUGGAUGAAAUUUUUGAAACUGGAAAUAUUAGAAGUGUUAUUCAUUUUGCAGGAUUGAAAGCAGUUGGAGAAUCAAAUAAAUUACCAUUGAAAUACUAUAAUAAUAAUAUCGCUGGUACUCUCACAUUAUUGAAUUUAAUGGAUAAACAUCGUGUAAAGAAAUUGGUAUUCUCAUCAAGUGCCACAGUUUAUGGUGACCCACAUACUGUACCAAUCACAGAAGAUUUCCCACUAUCAGCAACCAACCCAUAUGGUCGUACAAAACUAUAUGUCGAAGGUAUUCUCCAAGAUCUUUGUGCCAGUGAUCCAGAAUGGAAUUGUAUAAUGUUAAGAUAUUUCAAUCCUGUAGGUGCUCAUCCAUCUGGUUUAAUUGGUGAAGACCCAAAGGAUAUUCCAAAUAAUCUUAUGCCAUAUGUUACUCAAACUGCCAUUGGUAAAAGACCUAUCCUUAGUAUCUUUGGUAAUGAUUAUAAUACUCCAGAUGGUACUGGUGUUAGAGAUUUCAUUCAUGUUGUUGAUCUUGCUAAAGGUCAUAUCUCUGCUUUAUCAUCUUUACAUUCAAAAAAACAAGGAUGCGUUGCAUAUAAUCUUGGUACUGGUCGUGGUUAUUCAGUUUUAGAGAUGGUGGGAGCAUUAAAACAAGCAUCACAUAAAGAAAUUCCAUAUCAAAUUGUAUCAAGAAGAAAAGGUGAUGUUGCCUCUUCAUUUGCUGAUCCAUCAAAAGCACUUAAAGAACUCGGUUGGAAAGCAACACACAACCAAGAUGAUAUGUGUAGAGAUGCUUGGAAAUGGCAGUCACUUAAUCCAAAUGGAUAUAGUGAUUCUUAA